AUGUUUGACUUCCCGGAAGCGAAAAGAGUUCGCCGUGAAGAGCUCAAUGGGUCAGAUUGUUCUGAAGACUCUGAUGUUGAGUAUGAUGCAGUCCUCCGCGCACGGUUUGAAGCGCGGCUGGCAGAAACAAUCAAGAUAGGUCCCGCGGAGACGGAGACUCAGCCAGAGCCUGGAGGCUCGCGGUCCAACCAUGGCGAGGAUUCCGACGCCCAGAUUGAGGAUGGAAAUGGGGAGCUAGAGUUCUGUCUCUUCGGGGGUACUGGUGCUGUGCCAACAAAGGUCGUGUUGGAGGACGACAGCGAAUCAGAUGGCGAAGGAGGACUGGUUCCAACACGGCCGUACUCAUUCUAUUUCCCGGGGAGACCUCCCAGGAAGUUACAAAAGGAAUACGAUUUCUCAGCUGUGUCUGGACAAGACGUCUUGGAAAGAUCUCGCCAACGGUUCUGGGGAAUGGAGUAUCCUUGGAAAGUAACACACAUCACCGCGACAAGAAAGGGUGGGCCUGCCGCCCAUGCUAGCAAAGAAAACGAAGACCCAAACAAGAGGAAACGGCCAGGGAAAAAGCAACGAAUUGCACUCAGGGUGAAAGCCAAGGAGAGGGCGGCGGAGGCCGAGGCGGCCUCGAAGCAAGCUGCCGAGAAAGAGGAGCAAGUUAAAGACAAGAAGAAAAGGAUGAAUCGGCUGAAAAAGCUGAGGAAAAGAGCUAAAGAGAAGGGUAAGAAGAUCGCAGCAAGAGGGACUGGAGGCGAGGAUGACGCUGGAGAAUCAGAUGGUGACUCGGCGGGAACUGAGGAAUGA